UCCGGCAUAUACUACUUAUAUCCAGGUGGUUAAUGCCGCCUUACAGCACUGCCAGAUGAGGAGUGAUUACCGGAAGUCCAAGGGAGAUAAACGGACUAACCGAGACUACCAGACAGUGGAGAAAGGAAGCAGCAGUGGUGCCAAGUCCAAUGAUCGGGGCAGAUUUCAAGGACAUCAACCUUGGAAGAAAAACAAAGGAAACCUAGAUGUGCAGAGGGAUGGAGUCCCUAAUCAGGGUAGACAAGGUGGGAUACCUCAGACCGGACAGGAACAGUGGUCGGGAAGUCAACAGAGGAGGCAGGCAGGUCCUUUUACGGGACGUUGUUAUCACUGUAGAGAGAUUGGGCAUCCGGCCAAGAUGUGUCCCAAAGCUAAACAGGGACAGUAUGGGCAGCCGAGACCUAAUCAGCCGUUACCUCUACCGGCCCCACCGAUGCCACGUGGGCAAGUUCAGAAUUUUCCGGCACUUCCAGCACCACCAUUUCCUCUGGGACAACCUCCACAGCAGUUGCAUCAUGGCAGAGUUUAUAACUUCAUGCCACAUAAUGCGCAGGCUCCUCAGGUUAUUGAGGGAUACGGUCAGUAUCCGUUUCAAGGCUGAGGUUAGCAGUGUGGGACCAUCAUCCGAACUCAUCUACUCCUACGAUCCAGUGCAGGGUAGAAGUUUUAUGUAGUAUUUCAGUUUCAGUUUUUAUUUACUUUUGACGUUGAACUCUCAGGGUUAUAUUUAGGGAUCCCUGACGUAGGAUUUCCAAGUUGUAAUGAAGUACUGUA